CAAAGGCCCCACGCUCCUUCUGAUCAUCACUGGCGUUCCGACACACAACACUGAAAGCAAAAAGAAAAAAGUGCCAUUAUUCACACGCAUAAACACACAGAGAAACACAGAGAGAGCUUCUCGUACCUCCAUUAUAUUUAAGAGCAGCAGAGCAACUCUCUCAGGCAUUAACAAAAACACUUUCAACGCAUUAAACGCACUGGAAGCAAUGGAUGAGAGGCCCGAGACGGAGCUGAUAUCGAUUCCGGCGACCCCACGCGGGGUGUCGACGCCGGAGAUACAGACCCCAUCUGGUCAGAGGUCCCCUCGUCUGCCGUCCAAGGAGGCGAAGUCGUCCACGGCCUGGACUCCGACGUCGUUCAUCUCGCCGAGGUUCCUCAGCCCCAUCGGCACGCCCAUGAAGCGGGUGCUGGUCAACAUGAAGGGAUACUUGGAGGAGGUGGGCCACCUCACCAAGCUCAACCCGCAGGACGCGUGGCUUCCCAUCACCGAAUCCCGCAACGGCAACGCUCACUACGCUGCGUUUCAUAACCUCAAUGCCGGCGUUGGCUUCCAGGCCCUGGUGCUUCCCGUCGCCUUCUCUUUUCUCGGCUGGAGCUGGGGAACACUUUCCUUAACCAUAGCCUACUUCUGGCAGCUGUACACAUUGUGGAUUCUAGUUCAGCUUCACGAAGCAGUCCCGGGAAAGCGGUACAACAGAUAUGUGGAGCUUGCACAAGCUGCAUUUGGGGAAAGAUUGGGAGUUUGGCUUGCUCUCUUCCCCACUGUCUAUUUAUCAGCAGGAACUGCAACAGCUUUAAUUCUCAUAGGAGGGGAGACCAUGAAACUAUUUUUCCAGAUAGUUUGUGGACCGCUAUGUUCGUCGAAUCCCCUAACGACAGUUGAGUGGUACCUAGUGUUCACUUCGCUAUGUAUCGUUCUAUCUCAGCUCCCAAACCUCAAUUCGAUUGCAGGACUUUCGCUCGUUGGGGCUGUGACCGCCAUAACUUACUCUACAAUGGUUUGGGUCCUCUCUGUUAGCCAGACAAGACCACCCACAAUUUCGUAUGAACCCAUUUCGUUGCCAACCGCUUCGGCUUCUGUCUUUGCCGUCCUGAAUGCUCUUGGUAUUGUAGCCUUUGCUUUCAGGGGGCACAAUUUAGUUCUCGAGAUUCAGGCAACAAUGCCAUCGACCUUUAAGCACCCGGCUCAUGUGCCAAUGUGGAGGGGAGCCAAGGUUGCUUAUUUCUUCAUUGCCAUGUGUUUGUUCCCUGUUGCAAUUGGAGGCUUCUGGGCUUAUGGAAACCUUAUGCCUUCAGGAGGGAUUCUCAAUGCCCUGUACGGAUUCCACAGCCAUGACAUUCCAAGAGGACUCCUUGCAAUGUGUUUCCUACUAGUUGUGUUCAAUUGCUUGAGCAGUUUCCAGAUAUACUCCAUGCCAGUAUUCGACAGUUUUGAAGCCGGUUACACCAGCCGCACCAAUCGCCCUUGCUCAAUUUGGGUCAGGUCUGGUUUCCGAGUUCUCUAUGGAUUCAUCAACUUCUUCAUAGGCGUGGCGCUCCCCUUCCUCUCCAGUCUUGCCGGUCUACUAGGAGGGCUCACGCUUCCGGUCACAUUCGCCUAUCCUUGCUUCAUGUGGGUUCUUAUUAAAAAACCCACAAAGUACAGCUUCAACUGGUAUUUCCAUUGGAUCUUGGGCUGGUUGGGGAUCGCCUUUAGCUUGGCAUUUUCGAUCGGAGGGGUAUGGAGCAUGGUGAACAGCGGACUUAAAUUGAAGUUCUUCAAGCCGCCGAACUGAUGUUUCAUUGACUUGCUUCAGAAUUAUGCAAAAUUUGUUCAACAAAACUUAUAAACAUGUUUCUUUGGUGCAAAUUCCAUAUGUCUCGUACGUACAUAUGAUCGUUCUUGAUGUCACAUGGUUAAUAUGUUGUAACGGCAAGUUUCUUCAGGUUCUCUAAUAGAAACUUUAUACAUUGUGCCUGCCUAUUCAGUAUUGAAAUGGGAAAUGCUAGAUUAUUAUUAUUAUUUUCA